UCAAAUGAUUAUUUAAAAUUAUUACAGUAUUUCGCUAUUUUUUUUAAUUUAAUUACUUGAAACAUUGUUAAAAUGUUGGACAGUACAAAACCAGAAGUGAAUAAAAUAAAACAUAUUGAGUAUCUUUGUUCGGAUUUAGGUCUUAGAUCUCCACCAACUGUAAGGUCGUCUUCUUCAAAUUUAAAGGUUGACCAAGUUAUAAUUGAAAGAUACACUGAAUUUAUUCAAUCAAAAUCCACUCUGUUGACAAAUGUAACAAACGAACCUACAGAAAGAUCCUUUGACUACUUUGAUGAAGAGUUUGCUUUUGGAAUCAAUUUACUGAACAAUAAUGUCUCUUGUGUUGGGAAUAACAUGACUAAACUUAUUCAAAUGGCUCAGGAGCCAUGGCCCGACAAUGUCAAACUAUUUCAGCCAUAUGAAGUUGAACAAAUUUUGCUGCCUGAUAAUGCUAGUUGUCUUGCAGUACAAGCAUUUUUAAAGAUGUGCAAUCUUCCGUUUGAAGUGGAGAUGCGUUGGAAUGCGGAAUUCAUGUCGCCGUCUGGCCGAGUACCCUUUAUAAAGUGUGGCGCGUUUGUUGUGUCCGAGUUGGAACCUAUUGUACAGUUUGCGGCCAAUAAAGGUGUAACACUAUGUGGUCGUUUGUCUACCGAGGAGAAGGCUGAGAUGAGGGCAUAUAUGAGUCUCAUCACAAAUGUCCUUGUUAAUGCUGAGCUGUACAUUUCAUGGGUGGAUAAUGACACAUUCAAUGCGGUGACACGUGUACGGAAUGCCUCUGUCUACCCGUGGCCAUUAGGCUGGCUGCAGACUCGGUCAAAGAGGAAUACCAUUAUAAAACGAUUGAAAGCAUUGCACUGGUAUGACAAGACUUUGGACCAAGUUUUAGCUGAUGUUGAACAGUGUUGUAAUUCUUUGAGUCAACGUCUCGGUGAACGGGACUACUUCUUCGGAACUCCAACUCCUCUUGAUGCUUUGGCAUAUGGUCAUAUCAGAGCACUCCUGUCCGCAAUCGGCCCUAAAGCUAUACAUAUGUUUAAACCCAUAACAAGCUGUUUGCUCAAACAUCUUAUGAGAAUGACUAAUCUAACGCAAUUACCAUUAACGCCACAAGAAGAGUAUCUACUGAAGCAAGCGUCACGAAUCUCGUUCCGUAGAUCUCUGUCGCCGGAACCGAAUAUUGUUCGAAAUAAUAUAAAACGUUCCAAGUUGUGCAUCAAGAAAUCGAAUCGCGAUAUCACGGCCAAUUCCAGAGAUGUUUUUGGUUAUUGCAUUUGUAAUUCAUUAAGCUUCAAACCUUUUGCGUCAAAGCAAAUCAUAAUAAUGACGUCUAAAGAAGGGAGAGUCACUUGUAAAUAUGACGAACCUUGUAAUUACCCGAACUAUGAUCAUUAUGAAUUCCUUUAUGAAUUAGUUGAUGAUAUUGUCAAUAAAGCUGGGAAAAUUAUUGCUGAAAAGGAAAUUAUCCUUAUGGAAAAGAAUGAUUUUGAAAUUAUCUCUGAUUUAACUGAAGAAUGUAAUUACCUUGCAAUGGAUAAUAUCAAUAAUUACUUGGAAACGAUUGAAGAGAAUAAUAUGACGAAUAAAACUUACUCGAUAGAUAAUGGUGAAGAUUUGAUACAAGGAAUUAAUGAGGAAGAUGUGAUUGAUGGGCUCGUGGCCGAUAACCGUUUGACAAAAGUGGUUUCUAACGAAGGGGAUUUAACUCAGUAUAAUGUUUUUACGAAAUCCGAUUAUAGUCAAAAUAAGGUAUACGAAUAUUUGGAUACAAUUAGGUGCGAAAGAAAAUCGUCUGAUACAUCAAUUAAUACUCAGAUCUGUCACUUGCAACUUGCGAUACCAGGUUCUAGACGUACGUCAAUUAACAGUCCUUUGAACGAAGAGAUGACAUUAGAUAAUUUUAUGGAUUGUUUGAGCAAGAAGAACGUCAUUGUUAGCGGCGGCGUUCAUGUGGCGGAAGUCGAUUAAUUAUUGGAACUUUAGAGUACAAAAUAAGCUGCAUUAAAAAAAUCUUCACGUUCACACAUGUUUUCCCGAAUUUAAUGAAAUAUUUGGUUUAUGUCGAGAUAUAUUGAUAUCGUGAAUCA